AACUGACUGACUGUGAGGUACAGUAUUGAGUGAAUGAGUGAACACAACAACACUAUUAUAGUUACGGAAUAUUAAUGUAUCGAUGAAUGCAUUGAAUUACUGUUCAAAUCAGUGGCAAUGAGUGCUUAUUGUGAUCAGUGAUCAUGUAAUGCAUGUGAUUGUGGUGUACAUCGAGGCUCACGAUUAACAGGCAUUAGUGUCGUCAUUAUCAUCAGAGUGUGACACUUGUGACCAUUGUUUACCAGACACAGCCAUUGUGGUCAACACACAGACACUCAGGUAUUGAUGACGUAUUGAGGAUGUGUUGAGUGACCAUCAGAUGAAGUGGUGGUGCCAUUGUGUCCAUACAUCCAUACCAUAGCUUAGUGUAUGUGAUAACCAAACAAUACUUAUGCUGAAGGCUCUGAGGAAACACUUAAAGGCAUCUAAAAAGAGCACCACUUUUAUGCAAUACAUGCGGAUCAACAGGAAAGAGGAUCAGUUGGACAACAAUUGGAUUAACUUCAGAAAUCUCGACGAUUUGGCCAAUGAUUUGGUUGCGGAUAACGUUUACCGGAAGGGCUUUGACUUAAUUAACAGCAAUAAUAUCAAUAAUUACAGCCAUUGUAAUGAAAACUAUUACCAUAAUUACAAUAACGACAAGAAGAGAGUGAAUGUCGUGAACGUCAUCGACGGUAGUGUUGAGGAUGAGACGAAAAUCGCGCACUUGGAGGCCAUUCAACUGAAUCGCCAGCACUUGCAUGCCUUACAUCGCUUCCGCAGACAUAAGAAGAGAGGCAUUUCGUGGGAAAAGGAUGUAGUGAUAAGCUUUUCGCCCAAAAGCCGAGCGUCGAUCGUAAAUAAGCGCGACUUUUACUACCGCUUCGGCAAAGAGGAAGAGGAAGCGAUGGCUUGCUUUGACUUCUUGGAUGAUAUUCGUUGUGAUAGUAAUGACAGCAAUGAUAGCAAUGACGGCCAAUAUAUGGAACAAACGACUAUUGGGUCGCCCUCUGCCUCGUGGCCCAGCAGUGAGUUGAGAGGGGACUGGGAGGUCGACGGCUUAUCCCUGGGCUGUAACAGUCAGUUGUCUUUAAGUGAUUCUUGUGUUGAAUAUUACGAUUCUAGUGAUUAAUAUAUGAUAUAUAUUUUUAAGUUAAUCAAAACUUUACGGCAUUUGUUGUUAUAAUUAAGAGUUUAUCAAUCAAUUAGUUUUAAGUGUAAUCUAAACUAAAAUCACUCAAUAUUUUAAUUAGCAUUCAUUCCAACACUAAUUAUUGAAACCAAA